AUGGGAAAGUUCAAGUGUGCUAACAAUGCCAAUGCUGAACAAGAAUGCAAGGAUGACCUUCUUUGGUUCCAUAACAUAGGAAGUUUCACCGUGGACAGUAUCUCCAUGGUAGUUGUUCAAGCCAAACCUAGAGGAUCAGUUGCAUUUGUUGAUUCAACAAUUUCACAAUUUUCUUCAUCAAUCCCACCAUUUUGCUUCGGUGCAAUCUUGUUGCACCUAAUCAGAUAUGAUUGCUAUGGACCAACUGAAGGUUCAUGGGUGAAGAAGGUCCUACAAAUUACACCUGCGUGCCUGCCUAGGCAAAAGGCUCAGCAGCUUUAUUAUAAUUCAGAUGAGGCACUGUAUGGAGAAGAUGCAGAUGUGAAGGUUAAGGAUUUUGAUCCUGAGGACGAUGAGUAG